CUAAUUUACGGCGCUCUUAUCUUUAUUUGCACACAAUUCUGUUAGAGUCCAGUAGUCUAUAGUCUGACAAUGGCGAUGUUACAUUGUAUUUUUGUCUUUGGGUUCGUUUGGCUGUCCAAUGCCCAAACUACAGUUUCCAGUACAAACGGAACAGAAGGAUGUGACCAUAACAAAGCAGAUAUCAUUUUCCUCUUAGAUGCCUCCUAUAGCGAAGGCUCGGCUAACUUCAAGAAACAGCUUGACUUUGUUAGUAACUUUACCAAUGGAUAUGAUAUAGGGCCAGACAAGGUGCAAAUUGGUGUUGUAACAUUUGCAUCAUCUCCACAUAAUGCUUUCUACUUGAACACGUACAAAGAUAAACCUUCGCUGGUCAAUGGUAUCCAGAAUGUACCUUACAAAUCAGGUGGAACCUCUAACGGACGAUGCUCUGAAGUACGUACGAACAGUUUAGCUUUACAUCCGCCCAUGGAGGCCGAUAUGAAUCUAGUGACCCCAACUGGUACAGCAACUGAAGCUAGAAUUAUACAUUAUUCUAAUAUCAAGGUUAUAGCCAUCGGUAUAGGUAGCGGUGUACAGAGCAAGGAAUUGAACGCUAUUGCCACAGACAGUCAACAUGCCUUUACUGUACCAUCAUUUGAUUCAUUACAGACUAUAGAGAAGGAAAUUCAGACAGCGACCUGUGUAUCAGAGAAAAUUGAUUUACAGACAUGCGAAAGCAAAAAAGCAGACAUUGUAUUCGUGCUGGAUGGAUCUGGAAGCGAGACCGCAGCCAACUUUCAAAAGCAGUUGGAAUUUGUCAGUAAUGUAACAAACACGUUUGACAUUGGACCUAAUGGUAUACAGGUGAGCGUUGUCCGAUUUGACACCCAUGCUUACAACGAAUUCUUCUUGAAUGCCUACGAUAAUAAAUCAGAUGCCAUAAAUGCCAUAAUGGCCACCAAGUACCAAGGUGGUACAACAAAUACUGCAGAAGCAUUGAAAUUUGUCAGAGAAAACAGUUUCAAACCUCAGAAUGGAGGCCGAGGAAAUUCUGUUACAAGACUUGUUGUUGUACUUACUGAUGGCAAUUCGAACUCGCAUUACACCACUGUAAGAGAGGCCACAAAUCUCCACCAUACAGGGGUUAAAGUUAUAUCUAUCGGUAUCGGGUCAUCCGUAUCAACUAGAGAACUUCAAGACAUUGCAUCUGACGCCAACCAUGUGUUUAAAGUCAAUGAUUUCAACUCUCUUGCAACAAUUCAAAAGGAAUUAGAAUCGGCCGCCUGCACAACACCGUCAGAAUGUGGAAAUCAUCCUACCGAUAUUGUAUUUGUUUUGGACGCAUCUUCAAGCGAAGGUUCUGACAACUUCCACAAACAGCUAGACUUUAUGACUGACUUUGUGAAGCAAUUUGAUAUUGGACCAAGUGAUGUCCAGGUUUCACUUAUAACAUUCAGUUCAACAGCACAUAGUGAAUUCUACCUCAACACAAAUAAGGACAAGCCGAGCCUCAUCGCUGACAUCCAGUCAGUCAGAUACCGGGGAGGCACUACAGCCACAUACGAUGGUUUACGUUAUGCACGUUACUACCAUUUUGCCACUUAUCACGGCGCACGUGCAAACGCUACUAGACUGGUUAUUGUAAUGACCGACGGUCGCUCAAAUGACGUCAGUAGAACUAUAACGGAGGCAGUUGCACUUAAGAAUUCAGGAGCAAAGGUUAUUUCAAUCGGUAUUGGAGCAAACGUAAACCAGUAUGAACUCAACACGAUGGCUACAGAUCGCAAUCACGCCUUCACUGUGGGAAGUUUCGAUAUUCUCCAUACUCUGCAGGAAGAAAUUAAAGACGAAUCUUGCGGAGCUGGAAAGCCAAAGCCUACACCGAAUCCUGAAUGUGGUAGCCAACCAGCUGAUAUUGUUUUCGUGCUUGAUUCGUCUGCAAGUGAAGGAAGUUCUAACUUUCAAAAGCAGGUCGAUUUUGUCAGGGAUUUCGCUUACCAGUUUGCUAUUGGACCUCAGGAUGUUCAAAUAAGCGUUAUUGUAUUUAGCAGUGGAGCACACGAACAAUUUCCUCUUAAUAAGUACCACGAUCAAGCCUCUCUAUUAGCGGCUAUUGCAAAGAUCACAUACAAAUUUUGGUUCACUUUGGCUAAAGGUGCUCGGCCAAAUGCAACGGAUCUUGUGAUUGUUGUGACAGAUGGACAGUCCACUCAUCCUACAGAAACUGCUAGAGAGGCCCUUUUGUUGAAAAAUCGAACCAAUACGAAGGUCGUCGCAAUAGGUAUCGGCAACGGAGUAGAUCACAGUGAACUUGAAAAAAUCGCAUCUGACAGUGCACAUGCCAUAGCUGUAGCUGAUUUCAAUGCUCUAGCAACCAUUAAAUCAGAACUCACAUUCGUAGCAUGUCAAACAUGUGGCUUCAUUUCCAAAGCCGACAUCGUAUUUGUGCUAGACGCGUCUUCAAGCGAAGGAACAUUGAACUUCCAAAAACAACUCGACUUCGUCUCACGUGUGGCUAAUGAUUUUCAGAUCGGACCAAACCACGUCCAAAUUGGCAUGCUUACCUUCUCGGACUAUCCAAACCUUGAGUUUUAUCUGAACCAAUACACCGACACUUCUUUGCUUAGUGCUAUUCAGAAAAAACAGGGUACCUUACCGGAGUAACAAACACAGAUCAAAGCACUCAAGUAUACACGAGAGAAUAUGUUCUCUCCGAAACAUGGUGCCAGAGACGAUGCUAAAAACUACAUGGUUAUUUUGACGGACGGGGCGUCAUCAAAUGCAAACUUGACGCUACAGGAAGCUAACUUGCUAAAGAACCAACACAUCGAAAUUCUUGCAGUUGGUAUUGGUUCUAAUAUAAAUUCAAAUGAGUUGAAUAGCAUGGGGUCAGACUCAAACCAUGUGUUUACAGUCUCGUCAUUUGAUGCUCUGAAGACUGUCCGUACGGAUAUUAAAAAGGCAGCUUGUGAAGAGGUAACGACAACAACGACUACACCUAUGCCAACAACUACUCCAACGACCUUGAAGACUACAACUACGGAACAUUUCAUACCAGAUACUACAACAGAACACUUCAUACCAGGUUUGAUUCUAAUCAGUUACUAACCUGCAAAAUAUUUAAAU